AUGGCGAGCAAUUUGCCAGAUCCUGAGAAAGACCCGUAUGGCUAUUUUGGGCUCCGCCUGAAUUCAGACGGUUCAAUUACCCGUCUACCGGAACCGCCCGGUACUCCGGCCUCAGCCGAUCCUUCCAACCCUCAUCAUCUUUCCAAGGACAUUCCGAUAAAUCAAUCAAAAGCCACUUGGGCCCGAAUUUUCGUCGACGAAUGGCUUGAAAAAUACGCCGACUUUUCCAGAUGUUUCCUGAUGGGUACCAGCGCCGGCGGUACAAUCGCUUACCACGUGGGACUACGGGCAGCGGCCGGCGGAGAUGAUCUCAUGCCGGUUCAGAUCAAAGGGCUAGUAUUGCAUCACGCAUUUUUCGGUGGGAUUCAGAGGACAGAUUCGGAGGUGAGACUGGCCCAUGAUAAAGUGGUUCCCCUUUGUGUCACCGAUCUGGCUUGGCAACUCUGUUUACCGGUCGGCGCCGACCGAGAUCAUGAGCAUUCCAAUCCGAUGGUUGGUAUUAAAGCUGGACAUUUUGAUGCUGUCAAAACUCUGGAAUGGAAGUUUUUGUUCGUGGGAUAUUACGGUGACCCGUUGGUGGACCGUCAGAUUGAGCUUGCGAAGACGGUAGAAGAGAAUGGCCUAACGGUGGUGAAGAAGUUUUAUGAGGGAGGAUUUCAUGGGUGUGACAUAUUUGAUCCCUCUAGAGCUGAGGUACUCCGUACAAAUCUGCAAGAAUUCAUUGGCUCUGCCGUUAAUUCCUGA